GCAGCGGUUUCCCACCGAGGAAGAUAAGGGGAGGGGAGUUGCUGUGUCAUAAAGCCCCUCAGUGAAGCAGCCUGGGCUCAGUCAGACAUCGGACACGUGUGUGUGUGCGAUCAUCACCAUUAAAGUUUCUCCACAUCCAUGAUGUGACCCCGUGACCCGCCAUGGAGGACUUUUUACCUCGUCUCCACAACACGUCGUGGUCCAACUCCACAAACGCCACUCGUGUCAACCCUUUAAAACGCAACGACGAGGUGGCCAAGGUGGAGGUGGCCGUGCUGGUGCUGGUUCUCCUGCUGGCCCUCAGUGGCAACUUGUGCGUCCUGUGCGCCAUCCGCACCGCUAAGCACCGCCAGUCUCGGAUGCUCUACUUCAUGAGGCACCUGAGCAUCGCCGACUUGGUGGUGGCCGUCUUCCAGGUGCUCCCGCAGCUCAUUUGGGACAUCACGUUCAGGUUCUACGGGCCUGAUGUGCUGUGCAGGCUGGUGAAAUACGCCCAGGUGGUGGGCAUGUUUGCGUCCACCUACAUGCUGGUGCUGAUGUCCGUAGACAGGUGCUUGGCCAUAUGUCAGCCACUCCGACCUGUGCGCACAAGCAGGGACCGCAUGUGCGUGGGCACGUCCUGGCUGCUCAGUCUCAUAUUCAGCACGCCUCAGGUGUACAUCUUCUCCCUGCAGGAGGUAGAGGACGGCGUGUACGACUGCUGGGGGGACUUUGUGCAGCCGUGGGGGGCCAAGGCGUACGUCACGUGGAUGAGCCUCAGCAUCUACAUCCUCCCCGUGGGCGUCCUCAGCGUGAGCUACGGGUUGAUUUGUGUGAAAAUAUGGCAGAAUUUCAACCUCAAGACCAGGAGGGAGCACUUCCUGACUCUGGCACCUAAGGGUGCACGCCACCUGUGUCGGGUGAGCAGCGUUAGGCUCAUCUCCAAAGCCAAGAUCCGCACUGUCAAGAUGACUUUUGUUGUGGUGCUGGCCUACAUUGUGUGCUGGACACCCUUUUUCUUUGUCCAGAUGUGGUCUGCGUGGGACCCGGCAGCUCCUAGAGAGGACACGGCCUUCAUCAUCGCCAUGUUGCUGGCCAGUUUGAACAGCUGCUGCAACCCUUGGAUCUACAUGUUCUUUGCUGGCCACUUGUUCCAGGGGGUGCUGCACAGCUUCUUCUGCUGCUGCUCCCAAACACGCUACCUGUCUGAAUCCUCCUGCAGCCGCCAUCACAACAAGGCCUCCUCCAACUGCGCCAUGGAGAAGGCCAGCAGCCAGAGGAGCCUGUCACACACGUCCAGCACACACACUGAGACAAAAUAACAACAUAUUCUCUCAUCAUUCAGUUUCAGUUACAACUGGAUGAAGCAAUUUCAGCACAAAUUGUGUGGGAGCUCUGAGAAGCUGCAGUGAGAUGUUGCAAUGUCAUAGAGAUGUGUUGAAAUGGAUUCAGCGACUUGAGUAUCCAACCAGAAACCAUUAGCUUGGGAGAUGACCACUCGAUGACCUGAGCCACGCUAAAAUGAAUUACCACCAAUAGGGGCCGACAUUCUAAUUGUCCAUUCAUUUUCAAUGGGAAAGAUGCCACAGAAAAUACUGAAUUAUGGAAAAUGUGGGAAUUUGUGGAAAAGUCCUGAUGGAUAGCCUCCAUGGCCUGGAUGAGCUGAGCAUGAUUGUUGAAAUGUAUGAAUAUGUUGAACGAUCACACCAAGAUCGAACCAGCAAACUUCGGGUUGGGAAAGACAACUGAAAUCUUACAGAAAUGGAAAAUGUAAAAUCAUCUGUGAGCGUAUAGUAACAGGUACAUUCAUGACAACACGUUAUACAGUGUUUUGCGUUAGCGCAACUUCCUUCAAUAUGUAGCAAUAUGUAGUGUGGCGAAGCUAGUCGCUAGCCGGCUAGUAGCUAGCUGGUGUGGUGUGGCGAGGUGUCACUAUGCCAGUAACGUAGUUCUUGGGCGUAACAAUGUUAACAACAAUAAUAAUAACAACGUUGCUGUAGCUUGGUUAAUAUUCAGGUCACAUUAUGUAAAUGGAGCAUUGUUGGUGCUUUUUGGAGGUUUUUUCAGAAGACUUUAUGGACGGAAUAGGCGUGUCCCAUUACGUGCGUUAAUGAGCUGCCUCUUUUUAUCUCUUUUUAUAUCUUUAGAACGCACAGAAAAGAGAAAGACGUGUGUUCAUGUCUCACAUAAGGAUGGGCAAAAUGUUUUAAAAAGUGCACUUUUCCUUUCAAUCAGGAGUGUCCAAUGUGCGUCAGGGAGGCCAGUUACAGCCCACGACUGCUUUUUUAUUGGCCCUCAGCACAUUUUCAAAAUACGAUUAAGCAAUAAAACAUUUUAAAAACAACAGCAAAAAUAGAACAAAAAAUGUGAUUUUACAAUAAUUUACAGAAUAAUGACAAAAUAUUAAGGGAGUAAAGCCAUUAUUUUAACAGAAAAAAAUAGCAUAAAGUUGAAAUAUUAUAGGAAAAAAGCUGUAAUAUAAAAAACAAAGCAAACAAAGAAUGAAGUUGAAAUUUUAGGAAAAUUAGGUUGGGUGAAUGCGAUGUUAUGAUAAUAAAGUAAAAAAUAUUAUGAGAAUAAGCCAUACUAGUAUGAGGAAAAAAAAUGUAAAAGAAGAACGUUGAAAUAUUUGUAAAAAAAUUGUAAAAAAAUACAAAUAAAAAAACAGCCAAAAAGUAACGUAAGAAACAGUUCAUAAUAAUAAUACGCUUUGUCACUGAUAAAAUAAAUACAUAUUUUAUAUGUGUAAAUAUAAAUAUAUAUAUACAUUAAAUAUUUUGUUUGGGUUGGUUUAAAAAAACAAAGUAAAACCGGCCCCCGCAUCUUCUGAUUUUUUAGUAUGCGGCCCUUAGUCGAAAUCAAUCAACUGUCAACACUGUGUAAGGCUGCCCCCUGGUGGCCACAUGGCGCGCUAGCAGACAGUUUGAACAGCUCCUGCUGUGUCCGUGGUGUUCUAUGUGAUUGACGCUUGAAUGAAAAGACAGGGAGGCAACUUUUGGAGAACAUGAGCAUUUUAAAUGAGUUGUAAUAUGUCAUAUAACCUUGUCAGUUAUCAAAAAACACAAUUUAAAGGAGCUGUAUUGUCGCGUGAACGGCUUUAACGCAUCUGACAUGUACAAAUGUGAUUAUUAUUGCUGUUUCCUAUUAUUUUGUCACAGUAUAUUAUUUGUUACAGUAUAACACACAGUCCUGUGAGACAAUAGAAAUAGUUUUAUUCACAAACAGCUGAGAAGUGUCCCUAAUAAUUUGGCCCAUUCCCUGGAGCAAAGCAUUAAAAAAAACAAUCCUCCUCAA